AUGUCUGCUCCGGGGUUGGCAUGUCUCCCCACAAAGUUUUCCUUUUGUGCCAUACGCUCUAGCCAAUUGACUUGGAUGCAUGGAAGCUGUAUACAUUUUCCGUGCAAUCAUGGGAGAUUAAAGACUCGAAAGAAGCUUCUCUUUUCUUCAGAGAGGUGAGACCUUCUAAAAGUGUUAUUUCGCCAAGCUGGCUUUUAUACCUUCCUUGAGCACUGGUUUCUUAGGGGAUAGUUUCCCUAAUUACUAUACCAAAGCUAAUCUGUUGCCACUGCAGAAAACAUUCGACUCAUUUGAACGUUUCUAUGGAUGCUUCCUUUGGUGAUAUGGAUGAUGAUACAAAUGGUAAAUACGUAUAAUUUGAUGUUUUUACCUCGCAGAUUUUUUUUUUGUAAACUGUUUUUAUGGACUGUAGUUUGGAGUAGCAACAUAUGGAUCUGUUCUUUGAUUGGUCAUACUAUAUUUUCUUGUUUUAAUUUAUUCUACAUGAAAUCCUUGCUUGUACUCGAUUCAUGUAAAUUUUGAAUCAUAUUAUUUAUGACUCUACUUUAGGUUCGGUCUUUUGACCCAAUAUAAUCUUACCUGGCUUCACGGGGCUUAUCUUUUGUGACAUUAAUUGGUUGAGGGUUUCAGGAUCUUGUCUAGUAUGGGAAAAAAUGUGACAGGUCAGCUUUUUGAAGCAUCCACAUGGCAUGUUGACAUCUAGAUGUGCCCCCGUGCUAUACAAACCCUUGGCGAUAUUUGCACAAUGGACAAUUUAAUCACCUGGUAUAUUAUUAGGAUUUGGUUUGAUGUAGUUCUUUAUGAUUUGAUCUGAUGCAGUAAUUUGGUUUCAUAAUGAGAUCCACACAAUGUGCGAAGACUCAUUUCAAUGUUUUUUUUUCUUUCCUUGAAACUGAAAUAGACACAUUGAAGACCUUUGAACUGAAUGCAUUACCAUGCUGUCCUCAUUUCCACAGAAUAAGCAUACUUCCGUUUAGACUUUAGCUAACUUCAAAUUUCACCGUUUGAAUUAGUGAUUCCCAGGCAUUUUGCUUUAGGCAUGACUGCAUUUUGGAUUCUUGGAUAUACACUAUCUUUGGCUUUUUUCUAGUAGUAUGUCUUCUGAUACUUUAACCAUCACUUAAAUAUGAACUCGCCUGACUAUGCUAAAAUCUUAAUUUAACAUCUCGGUGAAUCAUCGCUCCACAUCUUUUAGCUCCUGGGCUCUUCUCUGCUGGAUUAUUCUAAAUAGGUUUUCUUGCAACUUUUUAUAGCUUCUACGUUUAUACCCUUCAUUUUCCAUUGAAACUGUUUCCUACCAUUCUUUCAAAAAAAAUCUCUGAUCAUUUAUGCCAAACUAAAAUAUUUCAUCUGUUGCAUUCUCAUUAAUAUCUUAAUGCAUAGCGUUUAGCAGGCUUGCUUGUAUACGCUUAAUGUUUUUGUCUUCAUCUAAGACACUCCACAGCUGCAAAUAAUGUCUAAUUUUGAUCAUGUAAAAAAUAUUUACUUCUAACGUAUGCUUUUAAUCGAACAGAAAUGAAGAAACUUUGGUUACAUUUCUUUGUAAGGCUAUCAUGCUGGUAGCAGAGUUUUCUUUAACUUCAUCCAAAUCCCUCGUACAAAUGGAACAAAGUUGAGAUUUUGGGGAUGGAAAAUGUCUUUACGGAGAGCUACCGUCAAAUAAAUUUCAGCAAAUUUUUAAUGCCUCUAAGGAGAGAAAAAAGUUGAGUAUGUAUACCUCAGACUGUCUAGGAUGGAGUUUGCAUUUAAGAAAAAUCUGGAAGAUGGGGAAAUUGAAGAACGUGAAGGGCCACUACAAACACUGGUUGCUGAAUUUCUUAUCUUCAUCAAAGUUACAACUAAGGUAUGGAAAAGAUAUUAAACUUUGUGAGUGGUACCACCAAGAAAAUUUCGACAAUUUAUGAUGUUUUUGUGGAUUGGGAGAAGCACAUAUACCAUGUUUGCAGCUUAGAACGUCAAGAAUUGAAUGUAAAGUUUUGAAGAAACAUUAAUGGCAUACAAAAAUGAAAAUAAGGACUACAGAAAAUAAUCAAGUGUAUCUCAAUAGCUAAAGGCCGCGAAAAUAAAAUCAAUCGGAGGUAAAACGAAGAAGGGAAUUUUCAUGUCAGCUCAUUUAAUAGAAUCUAUAGAGAUUGAAGACAGAGAUGUUGAUGGUGAAGCCUUGGAUGAACGAACGUUUUCAGAAAAAAAAUGAAAAUUUUCAAAUGAAAGUUUGUCUGUAUAAAGAUCUCCUACAUGUAAUUUUCCAGAAAUUCGUGUCAAAUACAUGUAACUGUCUGGGGCAGUUGCAGAUGCUAUAUAAUACAUUCAUAUUGGGGGUGGGAUCGUGUGUAUAGUGUGGAAGAUAAUAUUUCUAUCUGUCCAAACUUAUGUUCAUGAGUAUGCAGAAAUCAGGGAUCUGUUGUCAGAUUGGCAAUAUAUUUAUCUUUUACACUAUUUGACUAAUGAAGAGCGCUAUUAUCAGCAGUAUUGUGGAAAAUCUGGAGAGAAGACAAAUAAAGUAUGUAACGUAGAGUUCAAAGGUCCACAGAUGAUCAUCAAUAAGGCUGUGAUGUAUGUGGACCAAUUGAGAUCACUGACUAUCACCUUGUCUCGCCAAAGAUUCAGGGGAGGAAGAAUAAUUUGUGCUGAUUUCCUUCUUAUAUAUAUAUUUUUUCUUGAUUGGAGAGGGAUGCUGGUAGUUAUAUUUCUGGUUUUAAUUUUUUUUGCUCUUUUACCUAUGUUUUGUGUUUAUUUAAUUUAUGUUUGUCACCUUGUUCACCGUUAAAAAGAAAGUUUGGUUGAAUUAUUCUAUACCUAUCUAUAGUUCCUCUGAUUAAAGCUCCUCAUGUGAGAUUCAAAAGGUCUCCUGUAGUGGGGGAUGAUUAAUAUGCGAUGCUCUUCCCCCUAGUUUGCAGAUUUAUUACUUAACGUUUUUUUUAUGCCAUCAACUAUAUAUUUGACAUUAUAGGCUAUUCAAAGAUGGUUUUAUUGGCAAGGUAUUGGCAUAAAAUAUAGAGGAUGGCAUGACAUUAGACAGGGGAGGGUGUAAAGUUACUGCAAAUAGAGUGUUGGCUUGAAGUAGGUGUGGAAGGAUAUCAUUUUGCAGAAAUAUUAUAGAGGAGACUUGCUAUGAGAUCUUCAUUCUAGUGUCUCUGCUAAUAUCACUAGGGUGCGGAGAUAUAUUAGAGAACUAGAGACCUUGUGAUGUUAGAUGUCGAGAUAUGCCUUGAAAGUGGCUGCAGUAUUAUUCUGGAAAGACCAAUGAUGUCAAGACACAUCUUUCAAAGGUAAUUUAUUGAUGCUUUAUGGAAUAGCAUGUCUGUUUAUAACAGCAGCUGAUAAUUUCGGUCUUAAUGUAACAUGAGGAUGCUGGUGUCCGAGAUUUAAAAGGAAUCUUCCUUCGGAAGAGACAACACAGCAGCUGAACCUCCUCACCAAACUUGCAGGUCAAUUGCUGUUUAACUUAGAAGUUUGUGGAAAUUGAAAUGGGGCAGAGGAGGCAAAUCCUUGGAUAGAUCAGCAUAUCACCGUAUUCGUGACGGGGUGUCAAACAUCUUGUGAAUCAAUUUUAGGAUGUCCUGUCUCCUUUUAUAGUGAAGAUUUUCACCUAGACUCGAGGAUAUUACUAGAUUUGGGCCAGCUAUUAUAAGGCCUGACCUGGCCUGUUGACUGCUCAGACCAUCUCCUUGCAAUAGCAUAAGAGUUUAUGGACGGAGAACUCUUUGAAACACGAUAAAGUUUUAGAUUAAAAAGAAAACCAAAAACGUCUUCAAAGAUAGGGUAUACCAAUGAUCAGAACCUUGGAAAGCUUGAUCAUAUGAGUGUAAUGUAGUCAUUCGGGUCAGCAAACCCUAUUUCUGCUCUCACUGCCUGUUUCAGUGCAGUAAAUUCAUAUUCUUGAAAAACAUAUGGUAAGGGUGCCUGGAUGACAUUUUUGGCUUUAGUCUUAUGUUAAUAGAAAAGGGUCAUAACUAUUAUUUAUUGGGUUCACUCUAAUCACUAUUUUGUGUUGAAUUCAAAUAGAAAAGGGUCAUAGAUAUAUAUAUAUAUACCCAUCUGCGUUCAUGGCUCGACUCUUUGUCUGGUUCAAUUCAAUGUGUCAUUCAAUGAAUAGUAUUUAGUAUAUAUUUUUCAAUAUACACUAUUUUUUGUUCAUUCAUAUCGAUUUAAUUAUGUCAUAUAUUGAUUGUUUUCUUGACAUUGUUAAGUACCUCAGAUCUCUCUGUCUCUCUGUCUCUCUCUCUCUCUCUCUCUCUCACUCACUCUCUCACUCUAAAUUAUCCCAGGUAUAUUUCCGCGCAUUAAUGUAAAAGAUCCGUAUAAACGGCUUGGAAUAAGUCAAGAUGCUUCUGAAGAGGAAAUUCAAGCAGCAAGGAAUUUUUUGAUAAAUAAAUAUGCCGGGCAUCAACCAAGUGUGGAUGCAAUAGAAUCCGCACAUGACAAGAUAAUCCUCCAGAGUUUACUUGAAAGGAAAAGACCGAAGAUCAAUAUUAAAAAAAGGGUUAGAGAUAUAACACAAUCUCGUAUCGUGAAAGCCAUCACAAGCAGAUUUCAGGUCCCAUCAAGAAAUGUCAUUAUCAAGACCGCUAUUGUAUUCAUUAUCCUUGGAGUUCUUACUGUUCUAUUUCCUACGGAAGAAGGCCCGACACUUCAAGUAGCCAUUUCUCUGAUAGCUUCUGUGUAUUUUAUUUAUGAAAGACUUCGUAGCCGCCUCAGAUCAGUCCUGUAUGGGUAAGUUUAUGUUCUUAUCAUAGAUAGCAAAUUUACAGUCUUGUGCAUGGAAUAUGGUCAUUUUUAGUCAGCCAUGAUAAAUAAUUUCGUAGCUAAGUGGUGUCCAAUCCUACAUUCGCACGUUCAUCUAUUAUUCGUAUUCUGUCCCCUUUUCUUUGAAAAUGACCUUCAUUUGUGAAUUCUCUCAACUGAUGUGGUUUUGAUCUUGAUUCCUCAGCUUUAAUUUGUUAUCUUGUUGUCAUGGGAUAUCAGAAUUCUUCUAUGAUUAGAAUUUCCAUGUGCGUUUAUAGUAUAUGCUCUACACCAUUUGCAGAAAAGUUCAUGGACAGUUAUACUUUUUCAUGAUUAUGAUGAUGAUUUACCAGAAGUAUUGAAUAUGAUAAUCUUCUACAUAAAUAUAGGACGCCGUAAUAAUCGUUUAUUAAUUGUGAGAUUCUGUGAGUUCGGACAUUACAUUGUAGAAAUAAGGUCAAUGUUAUAUAUAUAUAUGCCUUUCGGUCAACCGAUAGAUGCCUUUACCUUCUUUGAUAUUUUGCAUGUUAAAGUUUGUUUCCUUGUAUAACAAACAAAUUCUGCUAAUGCAAGUCAUUUUGAGAAGAAUCGUAUCACAACUCCACAGCUUUAGAGAGAUGUACCUAGAAAAGAAUUCAUUCUGAUGCAGUACAUGCGAUGUGUGCUCAUUGAAUAGGAGCACAGUGCUUCAUCAACUUAAAGAUCUAGAUAUAAACACUCCUAGUAGUAUUCUAGUAUCCUUUAGUCGUUCUCUGAUAAGAGCAUAGAGAAUUGUGUGUGAGCAUUUUGUGUUAGAUCCUCUGCUUGUAGAGCAUGCUCACUAUCCUCUGCAGCUAUCUUUUCUUGUAGGCUCAAAUGUGUUCAGAUAAGGGGUAAAUAUCCGAGUCAACGAAAUAUUUCAAAUCAAAUGUGAAACACAGUAUGGACUCAUUACAAUAACAUGUAUGUAAUCCCCAUGAAUUUUAAAACGAACCAUGCGAGCCAAAUGAAUCUAAAGGGUCAUGCUUGGUUUGAAAAUAGAUAAUGUAAGGUGUGAACUUAGCUCCAAGAAAUUUUUCUUAAAUGAAAUUAUUUAAAUCUACUUUUUUAGAGGCGAAUAGGUAAUAGUUGUCCCCCUAUUUCGUAUUUGUCAUACGUGCUUACCUUCAUAACGGUAAAAGCAUGACACCAGUUGGAUGCUUUGCAGUCUUUAUUGGCUCGUGAAUGUUCUGCAUUUUUCAUACGGUAAGAAUUGUAGAUUUUCCUCACAUGGUAAGGAAAUUAAGAUUGAUUUUUGUUAUAGUUUUCAUCCUGCUGACAGUCGUGUCCCUCUAAACAAUCAAAAGGGAAAGGUCCUUCAAUACUGUCAGAAGCCAUCUCCUGUAUUCUUUUGACAACUUUUUUCCUUCUAUGAGAACAGCCAUAACAGUGGCCACUGUGACUACUCUCAUAUCCUGGUUAAAAGCAAGGGAAAAGCUUCUAAAGGAAGGAGCUAAAACAUGCAUAGUUCAAGAAUGAAAUCAAGUUCUCAACAGGAAAGGCAAAGGACGGGUCAGAUCCCUGUUUCAACAGCUAUGAAUGUAAAUUUUCAAAUUUCACAGAUCUUAUACCCUGCAGGAAGGAUUCAAUGAGCUGUAACGGUUGGAAUCCUAUCGUAUCUAAGUUAAAGAAGACAAGAUGUAGAGUACUCAGGAGAACAGUGCAAUCAGCAGAUAAAACUGAGAUGCUUGGUGGGUGAAUAAUGCCAAGACAUUGAUAGGGUCUGAUACUUGUUGAAGAGAACGAAAGGCCAAAUUCUCAUGGGUCGACACCCAUGGGUGAUCAAGACCACAGGGCUCGAAACCAAGAUGUAUGUGGUCAACUUAUAUGAUCAAAACAUACGACCAGACCUAUUAGGGUUGACACUUGCGGACGAUAGUAAAUUGUAUGAAACAUGUGUGGACGCUUGAAUGCGUAGAAAUUUGAGACUCAUUUCCUGGAAAUAAUAAUCGAAGGCUGAAAGGCUGACCGAUUUAAUAGCCAUUAGAGGACAAUUUUGAGACAGAUAGGCCAUCUCGAUAAACUGUAAGUGUCUCAUCACAUUGUGCUUCAAGUGAUUCCCUAAUCUGAAGUGAACCAUCCAAUUGUUCUGCCUCUGUUCUCCAACGUGCUUGGAGAUUGUCUAAACUGACCCAGUAAAUUCUCAAGGAGAGGCGUUGGGGUUUGAACCAGCAUUAAUGCUGUGGUCGUUGUCUUUUUUUCUUCUUCUUGUGAGGGUGGAUAAUUUAUGCAGAAGGAAACAUGAGUACAAUGUGCAGGUGAAGAACUGAAUAGUUAUAUUUUUUAACAAGAUCCUUCACAAGCCUUUUCUUUUUGGGUGCCAAGGUGUGAUAAAUUAUUAUUUCGUAGACCCGGGAGAGCAUCUCCAAUAUUCAUUGAUUACUGAACCUUGUGCACGAUUGCUUUGUUACUUCGUCUCUGGUACUAGUGGUUUCUGCCAAUCUACCUCAUUGGGCAGUGAACAUAUCAUACCAUUGCCUCAUUUACAUCAUUCAUAUCUGUGCAAUCGCCUGGAGAUGUUUUAGUUAUUCCACCUGUAAAUUUCCAUGUAAGAAUCUCUUUCCCACGUCUCACUGAGAGGUCAUAUGGAUAUUUGGUUUGAAUAUCUGAAUUCUGUCAGGUGCAAGGGAGAGUUCUCCAUGGAACUUUCUCUUCAUAAAAUGAUUCUCAUUUUGGUAGAGAGUUCUUCCUCUCCAAGCUCGUCUAUCAUUAUCUGGCUGCAACCAUCUCCACUACACUUUAUGUGGGUACUCACCAUUAGAAUGGUGGAAAGGAGAAAGUCAGAUUGCCUGAGAGGUUCUCUGAGUGGAGUCAUCUGGGUUCGUAUGAACAAGGACCCACCCUGGUGGUUAUCUGAGAUGGAUUAAUUAGGGGAAGCGAGGACUAAAUACUAAGUUCCCAGAGCCACUAACCAGAAGAGCUGCUCUCUCUAAGCUAAUUAUUGUCGUUGGUCCAAGAAUCUUGUGUCUAGUUGGAGAAGGGCGGCUGCCCAGGCUUGGCGGCAUUGUCAGCUUCCAUUUGGAGCAAUCUUGUCUUAGUAGCCAGAGAUCUCUUCAAAUGGGUUGUCUUUUCUUAUUUUGUGACAGGGUCUUUGGUGGGUUUGCAGGAUUGGAGCCUUCGCCUUCUCCUGGCUGCUGGGCACCUUCUUGAUGGUGUCUGUGAUUCCUCCCCUUCUUCAGGGACCGAGGAGCUUGGAAGUGUCGACCUCUUUGAUAAGCUACAUCCUCCUCUGGGUUUCCUCCACCUAUUUGAAGUGA